GCACGAUAAAGUGAGGUUAUAUUAGUGAUUUUAGGGUUAUGUAUACACAAAAAUUUAUUAAAAUUAUAGUUUUUGUUAAUAAUAUAGAUUGAUAAUGAGUUUUAAACAACUUUUAAACAGAAAGGUGAUUAGUCUGGCACGAUACAGCACCACAAGCAAGAUAAAUGUAACGCCAAACGAAGAAAUCAUAAAUGAUUUGGAAAGUAAAGUUGUUCGGCUGAGGGAUCAUCCUGGAAUUUGUAAACCAAGGAAUGUUACGGUACCCGACACGCUACUAAAGGCCCUAAUUAAUGUUACUGAAGAUCAGCCUUUAUCACAGCUUGUUAAAACUGGCAAAGACUUAAGUAGACACCUUAAGGGCAAAGUCCCGCCUAUGGAGCAAGCGGAAGUGAAAGAAACCGAAAAAAAAGCCUACGACAGAGUACUAUCAAAGCAUAAAAACGUGGAAAUUAAUAAUGAAUCUGAUAAAGAGAGAUUUAUGCAGAUGGUUAGGAAUAAGGUUAAGGAUAUUUUAAGGGAGAAAAUCUACAAUUGGAAACCCGUGGAUUACGACGAUUAUAACUCUCUUGUGUAUUUAAUCAGCAGGUUUGCUCCCGAGUAUGCUGUUUUAGUGAGAAUAUUCGGGGAAAUUCACAAAAGAGAUGAGAAUUUUAGGCCAAAAAGUUUUUUUGAUUUCGGGGCUGGAGUUGGGACAGCCAUGUGGGCUGCCAAUUUAUACUGGAAACAAUAUUUAUUUGAGUACUUUAAUGUGGAUUCAUCGUCUUCGAUGAAUGAUUUGUCCCAGAUUUUGUUACAGGGAGGUAGAGGCAACCAAGUCCCUUUAAAAGGUGUUUUCUAUAGACAAUUUUUGCCUGCUAAUAAUACCACCUAUGAUAUAGUAGUUUCUGCCUAUUCUUUGCUAGAGCUGCCUUCACUUGAAGCAAGAUUGAAAACUAUUUUAAAUCUAUGGAAUAAGACUGAAAAAUAUUUGGUUAUUGUUGAGCAAGGGACAAAUGCAGGCUUUAAGGUUGUUAAUGAAAUUAGGGAUUUCAUUUUACAAGUAGACAAAAAAUAUGGAACAGGACACGUUUUUAGCCCUUGUCCGCAUGAUUCUAUAUGCCCCAGAUUCACCCUGGAUGAUGGAACACCCUGUAACUUUGAAAUAAAAUACAUGCCAUUGCCAUUUGAUGGUCACCCGGAAGCCAAAAGGGAACUUUUUUCCUAUGUGGUUUUGAAAAAAGGAGAAAAAAAUUCCCAUGAUUCUGAAUGGCCAAGAGUUGUAAGAACGCCCUUAAUUAGAUCCAAACACACAAUUUGUAGAAUGUGCACUUCAAAUGGGGAUAUAAGGGAAGUCAUUUUUACUUCAAAAAAACACGGAAAGACAACUUACCACUGCGCAAGAGCAACAAAAUGGGGCGACUUGCUUCCAAUGACACUUGAAAAUGUUGAUAUAGAUGUAGAGGAAAAUAAAACAUAGCUUUAAUUUAA